CUCUUACAACUUUUGUGUGGUCUCUCUCUCCUUUUCUUUCCUCAAAGGGAGAGAGAGAACAAUAAAAAAAAUAAACAAUAUUUGUAAGAGAAAAAUGGCUUCUUCAAUGAGGGUGGUCUUCUUCCUGGGCCUCAUUUAUGCAGCCCUUAUAUCAGUGGCGGUUGCUUCAGAACAAACUGCCACUUUAUCUAUUGAUGUUGGUAAAAUUCCCACCACAAACGCCAACACAAACGAUGGUACCACAAUUGAUCAAGCGGUUGGUUAUCUUCUAAUGUUGUUGGCUUUGUUGCUCACCUACCUUAUUCAUUAAGAGAUCGUUAAGGAAACAAAAAUGCUAGUGUUGAUAAGAGAGAAGAAUUAUUUAUUGUAACACUUAUGAGGAAUAUUUUUGUUGACAAGAAGGAAGAAUGGUUUUUUUGACAAGAGAAAUAUG